AUGGGUGACUUCUUUGUCACUUUUGCAGAUCUUGGCUGUCCUCAUCCCGCAAAAUGGCACCCUGCCCUGUGCCCGGGGCCGCUGCGUGCAGAGAUAGCGCAGGUACACAGCGGCCGUGCGCCUCGCCGCCUGCGAGCCGUGCUGGAGCUGCGCGCUUUACGCGCAGCAUCGCACAUGGAUGCCCGCAGCACCAACGCCUCCUGGCUCUGCCCGGGGUGGACGGGCCGGCUCACACGGGAGGUUUCUAAACAGAACCCCACGAAGCGCUCAGCUCGCUCUGCAGGGCUCGGCCUGCACGCUUUAUGUGGAUAUACAUAUGUUGUAUAUAUAUGUGCACACAGGAAACCUCGACCCGUCUCUCAGCUGGUUGCACAGCAGGUUCCUCAGCAAUUCGUGCCCCCUACACAGUCAAAGAAAGAGAAAAAAGACAAAGUAGAAAAGGAAAAAAGUGAAAAGGAAACAACUAGCAAAAAGAACAGUCAUAAGAAAACCAGGCCACGAUUGAAAAAUGUGGAUCGAAGUAGUGCUCAGCAUUUGGAAGUUACCGUAGGAGAUCUGACGGUCAUAAUUACAGACUUUAAGGAGAAAACUAAGUCACCACCUGCUUCCAGUGCUGCUUCUGCAGAUCAACACAGUCAGAGCGGCUCUAGCUCUGAUAACACAGAGAGGGGAAUGUCCAGGUCAUCUUCACCCAGAGGAGAAGCGUCAUCACUGAACGGGGAAUCUCAUUAAAGUUUAUUUCCUCCAGUUUCUUUAGUCUCUUCUCUUUAAAACAUGCAAAUACGUAACUUCUGCCACCUGUUGCCACAUUUUCAUGACAGAUUAUCCAUGCACAAUGUUUACUGAAGUGUAAUUUAUGCAGUUUAGAAAGAAGAAAAAAAAAAUGCAGUGGUAGAAAUAAUUUAAAUGCAAUCUAAAAAUGCUUACGAAGCAUUUUCAGACCAGCUGUUUAAUCUUUGUGUGUAAAGGUGCCAUGAAAAUGUGGUUUGAAUGUUCAUACACAGUGUUACUGGUAAGUCCAUCUUCACUUUUAGUUUAGUGAAUUCUAACAACUCUUGGAGUCUCUACUAUUGGCAUGUACUGAAUUUAAAUUUUUAUAACAUAGUUCAAGCUGCCUAAAUAUGUAUUAUCUGAGAAUUGUGAAACAUAGUUAUAUGUAUGCAAGUCAAAGAUCAACUUAAUCAACUAUUGCUGCAACAGAAUUUUCAUAAUAAUUAUCUUAAAAACACCUGCUGGUACUUGGUGUGGUUAAAUAGGAAAAUGUUAUUAAAUAAAACAUUUGUAUGAAUUUUUGCCAAUGUUUGACACAUUUUACUAGAUUACUGUUAAUGAAUUAUGUUAAUGGUUUUACCAAUAUUUUUUCACACUUAAAACACUUAUUGAAAUGUUUACAAGCAAAUACAAAAAAAUUAGUAAAUCCAUUCUAAACAUCGAUUGGUUAACUCUACAAUUCAGGAAAAGUCACUGUCACUAUACACUGGUAUUCUACGUUUAACCUCAGAUGACAGCAUUUGGCAAAACUAACAUUAGGAAAUACGAAAGUUUGGUAAAGCUUUAAAAAUUACUGAAGUACAGUUUUUGUUUCUGCUUAGUGCUGUUCCCUCGCCCCAGAUUUACCUAGCGUCAUAUAAUCAGUUGCCAUUUCAUUACAGAAAUACCAGAUGUUGCACAAGAAUAAGGAAAUAACAAUACUAUUACUAUUUUUUUUUAAAUUAUGGAUCAACUUCUCUUGAUUUGGCCUAUUAGAAAAUAUUAUGUCAUAAAUGAUGUGUAAAAACCCCAUAGUAUCCAACUUCAUGGCAUAAACUGUCAAUACUUUAUGCACUUAGCAAUAUACUAAUACAGAGCAGAACUAUUUACAGUCCCAUCUGGUAUUAUGUAAAAUUACCAAUAAAAUAUUUUUGUGAAUACAGAUUUUUGCAUUUUUGUUUACAGCCAAUAAGUGUUUUGAUAUAUACGCAUCCAAUUCAUGUAUAGAUUUAAAUUACAGAUUUGGGUUGAGUACAAAAGUCCAUUUAGCUCCUUUCAGUGAGAUGGUCCACUUACACUCCUGUGAUUCUUCUUCUUCUUUUUUUUUUAUUUAUAUAUAUUUUUUUAAACAUUCAAAAUACAUAAGUUUAAGCCCAUGUAAAAGUUGAAUGGACCUUUUUGGUAGUGAAUCCUAAAUUAUUCCCAACAUGUGGUACAUCUUCAUAACGGCUAAAAGAAUGGAUUUUUGUAGCCCCUGACAAUUGUGAUGUUUGGUGGUUUCUUGUAGUAAUGUAUUUUUCUGUUUUUAAUGCAGUACUUCUACAGGCACAAUAGUACUGUUCUAUUUUGUAAGAUGCUAGUUGUGAAAUACAGUUAGUUGCAUAAAAUGAAAGUCUGAUGUGAUAUCUGAGAACAUACAUACCUCAUUCCUUGGUGUUGCUAUUUAAACUUUUUAGACAUCAAAUGUUAAUUAUAGGCUAUUUCAGGUAGAUAACUACUGACCUGUUUAUUAUGUAUUCUGCUUUAUCUUACUAAAUAGGAUGUCUGUUCAUUGCAAUUACUUGGCCAAAUCUUAGUAUCUGUA